UCUGUCUUUACCAUUAGCAUGGAGUUUAGUUCUUUUCCUCCCCCGUCUCACUGUUUUUGGGUUUGUGUUCACAACACUGACCUUUCUUGCUGUGCUGUGUUGUGGCUGUUGCUACACCAAUUUCAGAAAAUAGCUGAGAAACAGACUUGCGUAGUAUUCCCUUGAGUUAGUUUUACCUUGACUGGCUAUGGAGAUUCAGGGUUUUACUUGGUGACACUGCUGUUUCCUGUCCUGUUCUGGAGCAGGACUUUACGUGUUAAUUGAACUGCUGAUAUUAUUAGCAUCUUGUGGAUUUUUCAAUCUGGUUCUGGUUUACUUUUAAGCUAAACAAGGCUAAAAAGUAAAUACAUUUUUACUUUAAAUGCUUUAAAUCUGUACACAGCAGCUCUAAACUCUAGUUUCAGACAAGGUAUGGAAGAGUAGAGCUACUAGCGGUUUGAUCUGGUGUCACUCAAAGGACUGCAUUUAGCUUGUGUUCAACACCAAAGGUCACAAAGCAACACACUUGCUGAUUUAAAAUGCUGGUCAGCACCAUUUUGAAAGAGUGUUUCAGGGUUUGUUACUUGAUUAUUUUGAUGUGUCUGAAAAGCAUUUACAGAGCGGACAGUCAUUGUCUCUUUAGUUUACCGUCAUUGUUGUUUAGAAUAGGUAAAUAUAACCAGCUAACCCCUCUCAGCACUCUUCCUCUGAGAAAAAGGGGAAACUUUGGGCAGUUUCCCGUCAUUGUCGGAUUUGAGUCGUUUCAUGGUUUAAUUCUGAAUAGAACAGCUUGCAUGUUUAGAUUGUAGAGCUUAAAGCUAAAAUAACUGGGGUAUACGUAAAUGUCUGCCUUGUGCUGGAACCUCCCUGCAUGUACAAAUAGAAUUAGCUCACAGAAAAAUCUGGCUGUAUUAUUUAGGUAGUGGGUCUGAGAGGUUGGUUUUCCUGUGUCAUGUAAUAUUGGAACAUUACAACUACUGGGAAACACUAAACCUGCUCUGUUCUGUUUUAAAUCUUUUAACAUCGGUUUAAAAGGAUUCUGAUGUUAUGGAACAUUUUCUCAUCACUUAACUGUAAAGUGUUAAAAAAUAUUGUUAGCGUUGUAAGAAGGAAAUUCACACAGUAAUAAAGAGGAACUUUCACAAUGCUGGAUACACUCAGAAACUCAUGACUUUCCCACUAGCAUCUAAAUAGAAUGAUUGUGCAAAUCAACUGAUCUCACAGUUUAGGGAUUUUUAAUCAUCUGUGACCAUUUGCAUGCAUGAGUGACACUGGAAACAGAACAUGGAGUGUUAGGAGAGUAUGAAGGAUAUCUUCGUAGUGCGCCUCUCAAGAUAAAAAUCACAAGUUGCUUCACAAGAACAAUCAAAAUAUAAAAAAUAAUUGAAGAAGAUAAUAUUAAAAAUUGGAAUAAAUACAUAAUUGAUUGGAACAUAAUUGAUAGAAACACCAUUAUGGGGCAGCAGUAGCUCAGGAGGUAGAGCGGGUUGUCUAGUAAUUGGAAGGUUCGAUUCCACGGCUCAGGAUAAGCGCUUUGGUGUCCUCUCAUUCUGAAAGGCACUAUAGAAGUGUGGGUCAUUUAUCAUGAAAAGAAGCUAGUGUAGCGUUAUGAAUUUAUGCUCUUUUAUGAAAGAGAAACCAUGCUACGUAUUAAUUCGGAAUAUUAAUUUUAAUAAAUCAAUCACCAAAUUUUAUAUUGUUCAGAAGACUCAAAGGUUGUUUUCAUCCAUAAACUGCCGAUAAUAUCUGAGUGUCUGUGUUUCAGUUCAAUGAGGAAACCAGUUUGACGUUUAAAAGUUUUAAUUCUUCAAAUUAAACUAAUGAUUUUGAAAUUGACAAACAGGAAAUACAAUCAACAUUAGUAACUUUGUGGGACAAUCUUUUAACAGUUUAUAUGCUGUUCUUGCUCAAAUAGACCUUCUGGUGAAUUUAUGAAGAUUGAGAAUGUUGUGAUUGUGAGAGUGAUAUGAGAUGAGAUGUAUGCGUGAGUGCAUCUGAUUUUGCUUCAGGAAGAACCAGGUGUCUGAGUGAAAAGUGAUGGUUUGAAUAAACUUAGGUUUAGUGGAAAAGAUGCAUCAAAACGCUAAACACCGUGUUCUGUCUCACCGAAUUCUUUUGGACCCUCUUUCGGAUCCGGGGCGUCACCUUAGGAUGUUUCAUCCAGGACACCUUGGCUGGCAGAGAAGACAAAGAUGCGCUGCGACCCGGUCCAGAGUUGUCCUCGGUACACGUUGAUGGUAAAGCGUUUUGUCGACGCGCUUUCUUAAGUUAAUUCACUCAGAAAUCAAAAGACUCGGUAGUGAGUCUGCGUUAGAAGUUGCGAUUCAGCUAUUCUGCCUGGCGUGGCAGAAACAGCGUGAGAGAAGGGGGGGGGGGGAUUGAGCCCAUGGGCUCCGUUCCCCGUUAGCGGUUGUUCACAAGUCCUCUCUCUCUCGUGGCCCAACAUGAACUGAAUCAUAAGACUGAAAACUUACCAAAAACCUUUCUCUUCUCAAAGCAAACGUGCGUCAUCAAAUGUGUCUGGAGUUUACUGUGAGCAGGUGUGUGUGGAUGUGUGUGAAUGUUUGUGCUUGAGUGUGUGUGAAGGUCAGUAACAAACAUUCUCAACAUUAUUUAAGAAUGGAUUCAUUAAACCAUUAUAAUUACCCCAAAGCUAAAUAGUCAUUCAUUUGAUUAAUCACAUUUAUAAUGAGCAAAAUGAUAAUGGUUACUUUAACAUUAAAAUCAAGAAAAAGAAGUUUAAACUUUAUGUUUUGACUUGGUCUGGGUACAACUCAUGUAAACACAUCUUCUGGUAGACUGCAGGUGGCAGAUGUUAUGGUUUCCUCCCAGACUCGCUGGCGUUCAGGUCUUAAUCUGUGGGUGAAAGUUCUCAGCGACCCAGCUUUGACACAGCUGAGCCCAACACCACCAUUGUGACAGAAAACCCAUAUUUCCUCACGUUACACUAGUGAGGAAGAAGAGGAUGAACAGGAGGGCACACAAAGCAGCCUGAACAGGUGAGUCUUUGGCUGCUUUUUAAAGGAGACCACUGAUCUCAGGCUCAAAGGGAGAGAGUUCCAGAGUCUGGGGGCCACAGCAGCAGAUGCUCUGUCACCUUUGGUCUUUAGCCUGGUGCUGCACAACCAGUAGGCUUUGAUCACUGGACCUCAGGGACCUGCUGGGUGUGUAGGGACUAAGAAGAUCACCAAUGUAAGAUGGUGCUUGUCCAUGUAAGGCCCUAUAGACCAGAACCAGGAUCUUGAAAUGAACCCUGAAGUUGACUGGCAGCCAGUGAAGCUGGAGGAGAAGCGGGGUGAUGUGGGUGUGUUUGGAGGACUUGGUCAGAAGCCGAGCACAGGCAUUCUGAACCACCUGUAGACGGUUCAGGGAGGUUCUGCUCAGACACGUGAAAAGAGAGAUACAGUAGUCUAAGCAUGAGGAGAUGAAGGUGUGGAGAACUGUCUCAAGUUCAGAGCGAGACAGAAUGGGACUCAGCUUAGCAAUGUUCCUGGGAUGGAAGAAGGAAGAGCGAACAAGAGAACUGACAUGAGAAUCCAGGGUGAGAGCUGGGCCAAAGGUCACACCAAUGGGCCAUUCUCAUCUGUACCGGGUCGGCCCGGGCCGGUUAGCCCCAGUCGGCCCCAGCCUGGCCCGGUUGAUUCCACACAUCCUUGUCUUAAGCCCAUGUGGGCUGAUUCUACCCACCAAUCAGAGGCUUGCUCUAAUGGAAGGUGUUAAUUUGCUGUCAGCAGUGGGUGUGUUGGCCCUGGUCGGCCUGAAGCAGACCCCCUCGAGAAGAGGGCUGAAAAUGAGCCUUGGUUGGCCCGGAAAAAUGCCAGGCCACCCAGAUAUGUAAACAACCUACGCUACCCGGCCCAGGCCGACCCGGUACAGAUGGGAAUGGCCCACAAGAUUCCUAACUGGGGUUGCUGCGAGAAGCAAGAUCACCAAGACAAAUCUUUUCAUCAAUAAGCAGCAAAUGUGUUGCUAUGUAAGUUUUAAUAAACAUGAAUAAUUGCAGGGUCUGUUUAAUAAUGAAUGUAUUUAAUUAAAAUAAGCAAUCUACUAUAACAUUUAAUUCAUGACAUCAUUUUGGUGUCACUUGAAGAGGAUUCAUGUUGAUGUAAUAAAACACCUUCUCCUCCCUCAUGUUAAAUAUUGCUGCUGUACCUCUGAUUAAUCAGAGAUUUAUGGUCAUUGUCACAAAAUCAAUGAAAUUAUCUCUGGAGCAACAACAUUGCAUAGCAUGAUAUAACCAUUUAGCCAUUAUGACAUCAGUGCGAGUUAACAGUUGUACAGAUGGGGUUUUGUCAGUUUUGACCGGCGGCGGCACGUGGUUUGAAGGAGAGGCAAACAAAUAAAUCAGGUUGAGGUGGCUUUAUUGCAACAUAUUUUGUCACCAACACAGACAUCAACCUUACACCAACGCUCACUGCCUUUUAUAACUGACUGAUUGGAAGAAACCAAGAAGAGGGGUAAUCAAAUAAAUAAUGUAUUUACAGAACCCAACCACCAAAAUAAUAAAUGGUACCAAACAUUAUUUACAUAAGUACAAAUCAUACUAAAUAAAUCCAAGUUCAAUCAAACAAAAGAAACUCUGUUUCACAUAACUCCUCCAAGAAUCACCCCUCCUUAUUUAAGUGGUAUGCUCCAGCAGCUUAAAAGCAGCACCUGGGACACAAACUUACCUUUGCUGCCCCGCCCUGCUGAGGAGACAAUACCAGAAAGCCCAUCCGGAGCCAGGACAGAAGCAGAUGAGUUGAAACAGAAAACUCCACAGGUCCGACCUCGCAGGACUGUGCAAGUAAACCACGGACAGUCAUUCCACCUGGACACAAAACCAGCUGUUCCAAGGACGGUCCUACAGGCUCAACAUUCAAGUUCAAUCGAUGAAAAUUCUGAUGACUACGAAGAUUCAGACUUGUUUUUCGCCAGUGUUAAUCAAAGGACCAUGGCAGAUGAGAUGACCCUGAGAGUGCCUGGUCAACGAAAAGCACGUUCCAAUUCUCUUUUUAGUGACGAUGGACUGUUGGAUGACUAUGAAACCUGGGAGGAUGGGCUCUGCAGCUCCCCAAAUGGCAGCUUCCACCUGCCACACAUUAGUAGAGAGUCUGGAGGCGUCAAAGAAGACAGCUCACUGCUGUCUACUGUCAUCAAGAUGGGAUGGCUGGAAAAGAAUCCUCCCCAGGGUGUUCGUUACCAGAGACGAUGGGUUAAGCUGGACAAUGACUAUCUCAGAUACUUUGACAGUGACAAGGAUGUUUACUCCAAGGGGAUCAUCUCAACAGCCUUCAUCACUAACGUGAGCAGUGUGGGAGACCUGAAGUUUGAGGUCAUCACUAGCAACCGGACCUUCACCUUCAAGGCUGAAAAUGAAGGUGAAAGAAAUGACUGGGUGACAACACUGCUAGAGUGCACCAGGGGGCGCCAGCGACAAAGCAUUGCGACUCUUUAUUCCAUCUCCAACCCCAAUUUUCAGGGAUAUUUAGAGCUCAGAGGACCGCGCUCCAAACUUUACACAAUUGUUGCCUCAGACAAAGUUUUCCUCUACAAAAACAUAGAUGAUUAUCGUAUUGGAGUGGGGAUCACAUCUAUUGACAUGAAUGUUGGAAACAUCAAAGGAACAGAUCGUCGGAGCUUUGAUCUCACCACCCCUUACCGUGUUUUCAGUUUCAUAGCAGAGUCAGAGCAGGUGAGAGAGCAAUGGGUGGCUGCCAUGAGGGAGGCCAUUAGUGAGGCUCUGUCCAACAGCGAGGUGGUCAAGCAGAUCUGGGAGGAGCCUAGCAACAGUUUUUGUGCGGACUGCGGCGCUCUCAAGCCGGAUUGGGCAUCUGUCAACUUGUGUGUGGUGAUCUGCAAAUCCUGUGCAGGACAGCACAGAGGACUCGGUCAAAGUAUCUCAAAAGUACGAAGUCUGAAGAUGGACAAAAAUGUGUGGACAGAGGAGCUCAUUCAGGUAUUCCUGAAGCUGGGGAACAACCGGGUGAACAGUUUCUGGGCAGCUAAUGUUCCACCAAGUGAAGCUUUAACACCUUCAAGCAGCAACGAAGAGCGACAGCACUUCAUCAGCAGCAAAUAUCGUCAGGGCAAAUACAGGAAAUACCAUCCUCUGUACGGCAAUCCGAACGAGCUCAACAACGCUCUUUGCAUAAAUGUGCAGAGUGGUGAUUUACUGGAGACGCUGAGGCUGAUUUUCUGCGGUGCAGAUGUGAAUUGUUCGACUGGUAUGACAGAUUGUCUCACCCUUGAGUCCCUGGCCAGUGCACACUCACAGCCUCUGCAGGCUGAGCUAAUCAGACUUAACCUCAGCACAGAGCUGCCAAUGUUACAUGUGGAGGGGGGUAUGGAUCUGCAACAUUACCAACCAUCUCCGUGCGCAUCUUACAAUGGCUUUCUGUUCAAAACAGCAUCUCUAACUCGAGCUGUCACAGAAUGCAAGGCUAGAGAGGAGUUCAGUCGGCGUUGGUGCUCGUUGAAUGACGGCUCCUUCAGCUACUAUGAAAGUGACAAGAACCCAAACCCAAACGGAACGCUAAAGACCUCAGAGAUUGUCUGUUUGGUCGUUGACACACCUCAGAAACAUGGGUAUGAUUUCACCUUUGAGCUGUACUCCGAGUCGGAGCGGAUUUAUUUGUUUGGCACUGAUGACCCUGAGAGCCACAAGGGGUGGGUCAAGUCCAUUGCAAAGAGCUUUAUUCCAACCUCAGCUGAGCCUUUGCUGCGGCUGGGAUUUGAGCGGAUCGGUAGGCUGAAGUGUAAAGAUGGCUUGAACCUACAGCAAUCUAAAGUGGGCUGGUUUGCUCUAGAAGGUUCUACUCUUCAUGUCUACCUGGAGAAUAGCAAAGGAGAGGAGAUCUGCCUGCGCAAAGUCAGUGAACUUUCAAUUCAACAAGACAAUGGUGUUUUAGUGCUGGUGGAGAAGGGAAGAACUCUGUACAUCGAGGGAGAAAGGAAGUUAGGUUUUGCAGGUUGGUGUGCGGCCAUUCAAGCAGCAGGAAGGAGUGGAGGAGACAUGCUGAGCGAGCAGCAGCUCACAGAGACGAACAGCCCCAUCAUUGUACAAAGCUGCAUCGACUACGUCUUGCAGUACGGAAUGACAUCAGAGGGAAUUUAUCGCAAAAGUGGUGUGAACUCCCGUGUGGCUGGCUUGUGUGACAGAUUCCGCCAAGAUGCUCGCAGUCUUCGUCUGAAGGAAGGAGAGCAUAUGGUGGAUGACGUCUCCAAUACGCUCAAACGCUUCUUCAGGGAGUUAAAGGAUGGACUGUUUACAUCCGAGGAUAGCCAGAGCUGGCUCAAUGCCACAGACAUUCAAGAUGAAAAUGAAAAAAUUGAGCAGUACAAGCUCCUGUUGGACAAACUUCCUCAUGUCAACAAGGCCACGCUAGAAACUUUAAUCAACCACCUGUACUGCGUGCAGUGUUUCUCUGAGCAAAAUCAGAUGAACCUCCACAACCUGGCCAUAGUGUUUGGUCCCACUCUGUUCCAAACAGAUGGGCAGGACUACACGGCCGGCCGUGCCAUCGAAGACCUCAUACAGCACUACAAAGUCAUCUUUGAGGUGGAUGAGCAGCAGCUAAACAAGCAGCUGAAAGAGAUUGAUCAGAUCAGACGUUUGAGAGAAACUGGCGGCAACAAGUUUCCUACACAUCCAAGGACUGAACAGGAUGGCCACUUCAUCUGUACCGUUUACCUGGAAGAAAUAAAGGAUACUGUCAUUGAGCAGAGUGUCAAAGUUCCUGGUUCUAUGACAGCAGCAGAGCUGACGUACGAGAUUUUGGACCUCCGCAAAAUCUCGUUUACAGAAAAAGAUUACUGGUGCUGCUGGGAGGUCUGCAGCAAAGAGGAAACGGAACGACCGCUGCAUUAUGAGGAGCGUGUCCUACCCAUCCUCCACUCUAUAGGGACAGAAUCCUUUCUGCUUAUCAAGAAACAUCCAGCUAUGGAUUCAAUGCUCGUUUACCUGGCCAGUAAAAUGGAUUCAUCAAAACACGGGAUAAUGAAAUUCAGAGAAGAGCGAAGCAUCUUGGGCUUAGGGCUGCCCACGGGAAAUUUCCACGACCGAUAUUUUGUUCUGAAUUUCACCUCACUCAGAAUGUACAAGGAUGUUAGGAGUAAUCGUUGUGAACGGGAAUGGCCAGUCAGCAACCUGACCAUCUACUUUGGAAUCAAGAAGAAACUCCGUCCUCCCACAAGUUGGGGAUUGAUGGUGAUAUAUGAGAGCAAGAAACAAGACAAGCCAGAAAAACAGCAGUGGUAUCUCUGCUGUGAAACAGAGUCAGAAAUGAGGGAGUGGUACUCUACAUUUCUGAGCUGCCAGUACAACGGCAAGGUGUGGUCUAAGGAUGUGUGCCAGCAGACUCGAGCGAGCCGCGUGUUGCCAGACACGCGUCACGGUAACGUGUCACUGAUACCGCUGCGUGGCAGUGAGAAUGAGAUGCGGAACAGCGUAGCUGCUUUCAGCCAAGACCAGCUUGCUCUCCUUAGAGAUUUGCGAUAAUGCUCACAGUGAUGGUAGCAGCAAGGUUGGAUGGAGGGACUCUGAAUUCUCCGUGGCCUUCAUCUUUUAGAGAUUGUACAGAUCAGAGUGAUGAACACUCAGAGAAGUGGACUCUAACUUUUUGGAUGUGGACGACAGUUCCACCUUAAAGGACUAACAGCAGGAUCUGUUCCGCUCUCCUACAGAUUCAUUUGACUUGUUGCACGUUUGGGUGGACGAACACAUGGAUGGAUGUGGCGGGGAGCUCUAGCAUUAAAGCAAAAGAGACAAUGUUCAGUGAAAAGUUCUCCUGCCACUUCCAGCUUGCCUUUCCACCAAUUUUUGGCAUCUUCCCACACAAAAAGACACGGGAAAUAUUCAUUCCCUCUAGUGUGUUUGUAAAAAAUAAAGUUCUUGUAGGUAAAUGUUAUUUUGGACAUCAACACAAAGUGCUUCAACUAUUUUAAUAAAUGUUUAAAGUCAUUUCUAGCUGAAUCUGUUUCUUUAAACACUUGUUCAUUAAACUAAAGUUGUAAAUGUGCAGCUCAGAACUGAGCGAUUAUGAAGGAAAGCUGAUUUCAGAGGAUCUGACUUCAUCUAGGACGGGACUGAAACACAACCGCUCCAUAUCUGCUGGAUAUCUGUGCAGGAAUCCCAGUGAGAGCUGCAGAUACAUCAUUAAGCACGUUAUCCUGAAUGAUUGUCUGUAGGGCUGUUAAAGACCAUCCGUCCUGUACAGAAAACAUAGAAACACAAGUGUUGCAGCUUAAAGAAAGAAGAGUUUUAUCAUGUAACAUGUUGGAUUAUUAGAAAACGAGAGAAGUAGCUGAUUUAUUGAGGUUAUUUAAAUAAAAGUGAACUUUAACCUGAAGUUGAGAUCUCAGAACAUGUCCUUAUUUAAAAAUAAAUGUUUAGUUGCUCAUUGUCUUCAGUCA